AUGAUUUCCAACCAAAAAAUCUUCGAGAAGGAGCAUCAUAUAAUGGCCAAAUUAAGAAACCAUGAAAACAUCGUUCAUCUGAUCGGUUCUGUUGCUUCAGAAAAACACGCGACCCCGUAUUUAAUCAUGCAUCUCUUCACAAAAGGAGAUCUGAGUAGAUUUCUAUCAGCUGCUGGUCAGGAGUAUUCAGAGAUCUUCAAAAUUGACGCAAUCAACGACAUUCUGAAAGGGAUGAAGUUUGUGCACGAAAAUAAUAUUUGGCAUCUGGACUUGGCCGCUAGAAAUUGCUUAGUAACUGAUGAAGGGCGAAUAAAAAUAGGAGACUUUGGUAAUGCUUCCUUUGCGAAAAGGGGCAAAAAAGAUCUUCCAUCAAAAGUCAACUACCGAUGGAUGCCCCCAGAAGUCCUUCGAAAACAGACAAUCACGUGGAAAACUGAUGUUUGGAGCUUUGGAAUCGUCAUUCACGAGAUUUGCCACGCUGGAAAACUGCCCUGGCAAGAUUUGCCUAUUCUCGAAGAUCUGCCAAAAGCUGCCGAAAUCAUGGAAAAUGAGCCACUGCCUGGAAGCAAUUUAAAUUCAGACGUUGAUCAAAUGAUGAAAUCUUGCCUUGCCAAGCUGAAAAAGCGCCCUUCUUUUCAAAAACUUUCACUUUUGCCUUUGCCAAAAUAA